UAUAUUACAUCUCCCUGUCACCCUUCUCCCUCUUUUUACGUCCUUGCUUUUCUUGGUCUUUUACCUCUAACAGCCCCCUACUCUGGGACUUCACUUUUUUCUUGAUUUACUUUUUUACACGUUACAUUUUUGACCUUUUUUUGUCUCUCUUUGUGUACUCAUUCCUGUGGUUGUGUAUCACUCAACUCUCCUCCUUUGUCACUGGAUUUCUUGCCAAACUUGGGAAUAAAUUCACCCCGGAUAUAACUCUCUUCUCACACAAGCCAAAGCAUGGCAUCUGGUGUGACAGUAAAUGAUGAGGUCAUCAAAGUCUUCAAUGAAAUGAAGGUGAGGAAAUCUUCCACUUCAGAGGAGAUCAAGAAGAGGAAGAAAGCAGUCCUGUUCUGCCUAAGUCCUGACAAGAAGGAAAUAAUUGUAGAACAAGCUAAGCAGAUCUUGGUGGGAGAAAUUGGUAGCACAGUUGAAGAUCCUUACAGGACCUUUGUCAAUCUUCUACCACUUGACGACUGCCGAUAUGGACUGUAUGAUGCUACUUAUGAAACCAGAGAGUCCAAGAAAGAGGACCUCGUCUUUAUCUUCUGGGCUCCUGAUAAUGCACCUCUGAAAAGCAAGAUGAUAUAUGCUAGUUCCAAAGAUGCAAUUAAGAAAAAGUUUACAGGUAUAAAACAUGAAUGGCAGGUUAACGGCUUGGAUGAUAUAAAAGACCGUUCUACCCUGGCAGACAAACUUGGGGGAAAUGUGGUGGUCUCACUUGAAGGGGUUCCACUAAAAUGAAUCUCAUUACCACCUUGCAGUAAAUGACCGGUUAGGUUUCUAUUCUGACCAUAAGGGAGGGUAUAGUUUUAUUUUGUUUUGUUUUUUAAUUUAUUGACUUUUGUCUAAUCAUAAUUUUCCUUCCUUCCAAGCCUAAUAAUUGUGGUGUUUGGGGGGAAAACAUUGAAACGUUAACACACCACAAACCUAAAACAUUACUUAAUAAAGUUAUAACAUAUGGAACAUACAUUGCAUCCUGCCUUCAGCAAAUUCAUAUUAUAACUAAGAUCAAUGGAACCAUGCACAAGAACAAAAAGUUAAACAUUUCCAUUUCAAAGAUUGACCGAUCCAUCAAUCUAGAUUCUGUUUAAACUAUUUCAAGAAUUAAAAGGAAUGUUGGGCUUGGAUUUAAAAAAGAAAAUACCAUUCUGUUAUAUGUAAAACCAUACAUAUUAUAUAGCAAAGAAUACUACUCUUUAAUAUAUUAAAAAUAUUUAUAUGUUUUUAUUUUAACUUUAUUUAAGCUCAAUGUGAGAUCUUAGAACGUCGGACAAGGCACAAGGCUUAAAGCAGUUUAAUAUAGUAUUUUAAUUCUUGAAAUAUAAUUCAAACAUGAAUAAUUACGAAAACAUUCUGGUAAUCGAUUAGGUUAUUGAAAGGAUUAAAUAUGUUAAAACUGGUUAGAAAUGUACCUUUCAAUAAAAUGUUUGGUGCAGAGUCCACCAACGAUUAAUGAUUCAUCAAUUAGGUUUGGUGCAAAUGCCCCCAAAAAUGGAGCCUUGCAAAAAAUGUCACGUAAAUAAAUAAAUAUAUGUGUAUGCCCAAUAUCUGUUUCAGACCAAAGUUGCUUAGUGUUUGUAAUAAACAAAGGAUUUGGGGGGGGGGAGCAUUAUUACAUUCAUGGGUGUUCAUUGGGUAGAGCGAAAGGGGCCCUGCAUUUUCCUGUCCACAGUAGUUCUACGAGUUCUUACAACCAAUGUCAUAGUGUACAAGGCAGAGUUUGGGAUCAGCACGGAAUAUGUACAAAAAGGACAUCUAUGAAAAAAACAACCACAGAACUAAUCUUGUAAUUUUGUCUUUGACUUUGCCUUGACAAAAAAAAAAAACCUCUUUUGAUGGUUCACAGUUAUGCUGUUCUCGUUUUAAUUGCAACAAUUAGUGUUUUUUUUCUCCAAUGUACUAUGGUUCUGAGAAGUAAUACAGAUACCGUACCAAAAAAUUACAAUGGGGCUCCACAAAUAAAUUUAAAAAAAGGCAAUUUUUAUUAAUAUGGAUUACAAACAUCGGUUAUGAAACCGAAACAAUGUUUUGCUUGAUUUCUCAUUUCUUUAUUGAUGCCAAAUAAAAAGUCACUUGUUCGA